AUGAAGCGCAAAUUUGAGGCGGACACCUCGUCGAUUGAGACGCAAAACGUUUCACUUGAAAAGAUCAACGAUGGAGAUGCGGCUGAAGUACGAAGACUGAGAAAACUGGCCAACAAUAGGACUCUCGCGAAAAGCCUCGCCGACAACGACAAAUAUUUCCCGGCAUUGAUGGGCUUAUUCAAUCGACUGAUCGACGACAAUCUUUCACAAAAACCUCUACUAAACGAUGUGCUUUCGACGUUGGCGAAUUGUUGCUUUGUUUCGAUCACAGCUUGUCUUGAAAUAUCUCGUCCGCAUCACAAAAUCUCCACUAAUUCAAUUCGUUUACUAGAGAAUAAUGGCUCGACAAUAGAAAUGAAGACUUGUGUGUUGCGCUUGUUGGGGAAUCUUUGCGUUCAUAAGGAAUCGGCUCUGACGAUCGUCAACAACCCGCGGCUUCUCGAUUGCGUCAUGCAAAAAAUAUGCGAUAAAGAGGAAUUGGUGGCAACGGCCGCGUUUCGAGUGAUCAAGCUAUGCGUAAAGUCGUCUUUCAUGAAGGUGAAUCAA